GAACCAAAGCUUGAAGAAUCUUCAUACAUAUCAUACCUAACUUUUAAUGGAGUGUGUGGUUCAAGGAAUAAUCAAGACUUAGUAAGGCUACUAGGUGAUGUUGAACAUUUUCUCGUUUGGAUGUGGCUAUCUUAUGGAAUGUGCAUGGUGUUCCUUUUGCACGACCUAUUACUUUUGAAUUUUGACUCUUGUGCGACCUUGAGCAUUCUGAAACCACUUGAGCUAGGUAUUCCAAUUGAGGUUGUUCCUACUGCUGCAGCUGCUACAUCAUCACUUAUGCCUGGUAGUAGGGGCACAACCUUGUAG